CGGACUCUCCACAGCAUCCUCCCCACAACUGCUGCUAACGCCGAGCCUCGAGAGAUGAGCAUCCCGGAGUUCCUACUGGAAGUGUCCAUCGUGGUGAUAGCUGUCGUCUCGUUGUUGACUAAUUUUUCAGUGCUGCUAUGUUUCACCCAGAGCGCGGAGUUAAGAUCCCACGCGCCCGGACUCUUCAUCCUAAACCUCUCCUUCUCCAACAUCCUCCUCGCUAUCAUCAACAUGCCCACCACUUUUCUCGGGGUGACCAAAAGCGCAAAGCCCUUCGGGGACCUGUUGUGUCAGGCCGUCAGUUUUACUGAGACUUUUCUGACCUCUAACACCAUGCUGAGCAUGGCCGCGCUGAGCAUGGACAGGUGGAUAGCGGUGGUGUUUCCCCUCAGUUAUUCCAGCAAGAUGCGCUACAGAGACGCUUCCCUGAUCGUGGCGUACUCUUGGCUGCACUCUCUCACCUUUUCUCUGACCCAGCUGCUGAUGGACUGGGGAGGAUACAGCCACACUUACGCCUCAUGCACCGUUCACCUGGACGGGGAGGAGAGGUCGCAGCUGCCCGCCUAUGCGACCUUCACGGUUUUGUUCCACCUCAGCAGCUUCGCUCUCUGCCUCCUCGUCCUGUGCUUCGCCUACCUGAAAGUAUUGAGAGUGGCCAGGUCCCACUGCAAGAGGAUAGAUGUCAUCACAGUGCAGACUCUGCUUCUGCUGGUGGAUAUCCACCCCAGUGUGAAGGAGAGAUGUCUGGCAGAACAGAAGAAGAGGAGGCAGCGCGCCACAAAAAAAAUUUGCAUCUUCAUCGGCUCCUUCAUCCUCUGCUUUUCACCCUAUGUUAUAACAAGGUUGGUGGAGUUGUUGCCUUCUGUGCACAUUCCCCGGUAUUUGGGCAUUGCUACCAAAUGUCUGUCCUACGUCAAAGCUUCCAGUGACCCAUUUGUCUACUGUCUGCUGCGGCAGCAGUACAGGAAGGUCCUGGUCAGUGUUAUCAGCCGGGUUCUGAGGAAGGAUCGGUACUCGCUCUCUGCCCACAGCAUGAGCAGCACAUUGGACACCACAGAGGACAACUGCAUUGCCAGGAUAACCUGA